UCUGCGCAGGCGUGCAUGAGGCUGCGGGGCACGUCCUGAGGGCAGUGCCUGCUCUCCGUGGGCAUGGGGGCAGUGCAGGGGGCGCGCCUUCGUCUGGGCCUCUCCUGGAAGUGGAGGAUGUGUAGGCAUCAGAGCAGGUGGGGUGCAGGUGUCUUGGACAUGGCUGAGAGUGAGGGGCUGUGAGGGGCAGGGGCUGCCUGUGAGACAGGACUCCUGGUGGCCUCUAGAUCUGAUUGUGAAACCCCAGAGGUAGAUGACGCUUGACACCGCCUCUCAGAAGCACCGGCUUGGAAAAAAGACCAUGUGACUCCUGUGCCAAUUCCCAAAAGUCCUGACCACACAGGCCUUUUAAGACCACAGUAGCCGCAGAGACAAAGCAUGACCAAGACAAUGUCGUCUUCAGGCCCUUUCCACCCCCCGAAUGACGUCUAAGGCCCUGGGAACAUUGUAAAAGCUGGGCCCUGUCCAAUUUUAAUCGCUCCUUGCCGGCCCCCCACCCGUAGCUCCCAGGAACCUUGCCAGCUGACUCGGGGGUGGUGAUGCCCAGAGAUGGAGGCAGAGAUGUCACACCGUCCCUGGGUCAGGCCCCAGAGCUCCGGCAGGACUUCGGGGACAGGGGAGAGGAGCAGAAUGUGUUGGUUGGCCAGUUGACUCCCCCAACUGGGGUGGGAGAUGGGCGGAGGGGGAGAAGGCUGUCUGCCAAGUUUAAUUAACAGUGGAAACUUGCCACAGGGAAGGAGAGAGACCAUCUGAAGAGGAGGGGCUGUUUACUGGAAGAUGGGGCACUGCUGAUGCCAGUAUGAGGAAGGAGCGAGGCGCUCCUACAGGGCGCGUCCAGCAGAGCACUGGCGCCCUGACCGCCAAGUUGCAGGCAGGAUUGGCUUGAACUCCGAGAACCUGGAGGUGUGAGUGGGAGAGUUUAUUUAUGCCUGCGUUUCUGAGUUGGCGUCUUUUGAAAACAGUCCAUCAGCCUACCAGCUGGCUAGCCUUCCUUGCCCCCAUGCAUGAAAGAAAUAAUUGAGAAAAUGGCGACUGUGUUUAAAAAUAGGCAUUGUGUUGCCCCCUUGCUCUUUGAGGCUGUCAUCGUCUGCCUGAACUGCAUCUGACUUUGUUUCAUGGAUCCCUACCCAACACUCGACAUUUAUGACCUGGGAAGAGAGACCAUUUGAGAAGUUUGUGAUGCUCAUUGUUUAAAACAAAAAUGCAGAGGCGUUGAAUGGACAGUGAAAUGAACUCAGUGUGGGUUGAACUUGCAUACAGGAGCUAUUUCAUUGAACAUUCCUAUUCGUGUUUUUUUUUUAAGUAGGAUCAGGGCAUUUCAGGGCUGAAUAGGGUGUUCUGGUUCUAGCCUCCUUCUGAUGAUGUGCAAGUCCCCGCUGAUUCCCAGCCAGGUGUGCUGGGGGCAGCAUGGACUGUUGGGCCACCCUGACCUGGGGCUUUCUCCACAUCUCCCUGCUGUUCCCGGCGCUGCUGCGGCAGGCCAUGCGGAACAAAUGGAAUCCCUUCUGACAGUCCUCCUUGAAGACAGAACACUGGCCCACUCCCCAACUCAUUCUCUUCAGUCCACGCGAAACACCUGCUCCACCUACAGCGUCUUGUCCAUCAUGCCCUCCGACUCCGAGAGCAGCAGCUCCCUCAGCAGUGUGGGAACCACCGGGAAGGCACCGUCCCCCCCGCCCCUCCUCACUGACCGCCAGGUGAAUGAGAAGGUGGAGAGCCUCUCCAUUCAGCUGCGGCUGAUGACUCGGGAGAGGAACGAACUGCGGAAGCGCCUGGCCUUCGCCACUCACGGGACGACCUUUGACAAGAGGCCCUACCACAGGCUGAAUCCUGACUACGAGAGGCUGAAGAUCCAGUGUGUGCGGGCCAUGUCGGACCUGCAGAGUCUGCAGAACCAGCACACCAAUGCCUUGAAGAGGUGUGAGGAAGUGGCCAAGGAGACCGACUUCUACCACACACUCCACAGCCGGCUCCUGAGUGACCAGACCCAGCUGAAGGACGACGUGGACACGCUGCGGCGGGAGAACGGGCAGCUGCUGCGGGAGCGGAACCUGCUGCAGCAGUCCUGGGAGGACAUGAAGCGGCUCCACGAGGAGGACCAGAAGGAGAUUGGCGACCUCCGGGCCCAGCAGCAGCAGGUGUUGAAGCACAACGGGUCAUCGGAAAUCCUCAGCAAGCUGUACGACACGGCCAUGGACAAGCUGGAGGUGGUCAAAAAGGACUACGACGCCCUGCGGAAGAGGUACAGCGAGAAGGUUGCCAUCCACAACUCGGACCUGAGCCGCCUGGAGCAGCUGGAGGAGGAGAACCAGCGCCUGCUGAAGCAGACGGACAUGCUGACCCAGCAGAGGGACACGGCCAUCCAGCUGCAGCACCAGUGCGCCCUCUCCCUGCGGAGGUUCGAGGCGAUCCACCAUGAGCUGAACAAGGCCACGGCCCAGAACAAGGACCUGCACUGGGAGAUGGAGCUGCUGCAGUCGGAGCUGACGGAGCUGAGGACCGCGCAGGCGAAGACCGCCAAGGAGUCGGAGAAGUACAAGGAGGAGCGGGACGCUGUGUACAGCGAGUACAAGCUCAUCAUGAGCGAGCGCGACCAGGUCAUCUCCGAGCUGGACAAGCUGCAGACCGAAGUGGAGCUGGCCGAGUCCAAGCUCAAAAGCAGCACGUCGGAGAAGAAGGCGGCCAGCGAGGAGAUGGCGGCCCUGCGGCAGAUCAAAGACACAGUGGCAAUUGACGCCGGGAGGGCCAACAAGGAGGCCGAGACCCUGCGAAAGCAGUGCAAGGCUCUGUGCCAGGAGCUGAAGGAAGCCCUCCAAGAGGCAGACGUGGCCAAGUGCCGGCGGGACUGGGCCUUCCAGGAGCGGGACAAGAUCGUGGCCGAGCGGGACAGUAUCCGGACGCUUUGCGACAACCUGAGGCGGGAGCGUGACAGGGCAGUGACCGAGCUGGCGGAGGCCCUGCGCAGCCUGGACGACACUCGCAAACAGAAGAAUGACGUCAGCCGGGAGCUCAAGGAGCUCAAGGCCAGGGCCAUGGCUCCCUCUCUUCACAGGGAGCAGAUGGAAUCCCAGCUGGAAAAGGAGGCCCGAUUCCGGCAGCUGAUGGCCCACAGUUCCCACGACUCAGCCAUCGACACAGAUUCCAUGGAGUGGGAAACGGAAGUUGUAGAGUUUGAAAGGGAGACGGAGGACAUUGACUUGAAGGCACUGGGGUUCGAUAUGGCGGAAGGUGUGAAUGAGCCUUGUUUGCCCGGGGACUGCGGCAUAUUUGUCACUAAGGUGGACAAAGGAAGCAUUGCAGACGGCCGCUUACGGGUCAAUGACUGGCUGCUGAGGAUCAACGACGUGGACCUCAUCAACAAGGACAAGAAGCAGGCUCUCAAGGCGCUCCUCAACGGGGAGGGGGCCAUCAACAUGGUCGUGCGGCGGAGGAAGUCCCUGGGCGGGAAGGUGGUCACGCCCCUGCACAUCAGCCUGAGCGGACAGAAAGACAGCGGCAUCAGUCUGGAGAAUGGAGUGUAUGCUGCCGCCGUGGUGCCCGGAAGCCCCGCCGCCAAAGAGGGGUCUCUUGCCGUGGGGGACAGGAUUGUGGCGGAGUUCCGAAUCGGGUCCAACCUGACACAGCAGGAAGCAGAGCUGGCUGUCCCUGUCACCUUGGUGUCCUGGUCCGAGUCAGACACAUCUUCUUGUAGAAUCAAUGGCAUCGCACUGGACAACAAGUCUCUGAAUGAGUGUGAGUCUCUGCUGCGUAGCUGCCAGGACUCCCUGACCCUCUCCCUCCUGAAGGUGUUCCCUCAGAGCUCUUCAUGGAGUGGCCAGAACAUCUUUGAAAACAUCAAGGACUCUGAUAAGAUGCUGAGUUUCCGAGCCCACGGCCCAGAGGUCCAGGCUCAGAACAAGCGGAACCUGAUGCAGCACAACAACUCCACGCAGACGGACAUCUUCUGCACAGACAGGCCGGAGGACAGGAAGGAGCCGGGCCCCCCAGGCGGUGGCAGCUCCCUCCUGCACAAGCCGUUCCCCGGGGGGCCCUUCCCAGCCGCCCCCCACACGUGUCCCAGCGCCUCCGAGCGUAGCCUGAGCUCCUUUCGCUCGGAUGCCUCUGGGGAGCGUGGCUGCGGGCUGGGGGACAUGUGUGCCCGGCGGCCACUGCUGCCCUUCGAGACUGAGGCUGGUUCCUGCGGGGCGACGGAGGCUCCCCUGGACAAGGCCGAGCCCGAGGGCCCCCACAGCGGCGGGACCUGGCCCAAGGCCGGGCUCAGCUCCGCGGCAGCGCCCGAGAAGCUCUCUGUUUACAAGAAGCCAAAGCAAAGAAAGUCCAUCUUCGACCCUAACACUUUCAAACGCCCCCAGACGCCCCCCAAAAUAGACUACUUGCUCCCUGGCCCUGGACCCGCUCAUUCCCCCCAGCCCUCCAAGAGGGUGGGGCCUCUGACACCCCCAAAACCUCCCCGGAGGAGUGACUCCAUUAAGUUCCAGCACAGGCUAGAAACCAGCUCUGAAUCCGAGGCCACUCUGGUGGGCAGCUCCCCGUCCACCAGCCCCCCAAGUGCCCUGCCCCGCGACGUGGACCCUGGGGAACCCAUGCACUCGUCGCCCCCUCGCAAGGGCAGGGUCCGCAUUGCUUCCAGCUACUACCCUGAAGCAGACGGGGACUCCUCCUACCUGCCCGCCAAGAAGUCCUGUGAUGAGGACCUCACCUCCCAGAAGGUGGACGAGCAGGGACAGAAGCGUCGCCGGCCAAAGUCUGCGCCCAGCUUCCGGCCGAAGCUCGCGCCAGUGGUGAUCCCUGCUCAGUUCCUGGAGGAGCAGAAGUGGGUCUCAGCCAGCGGAGAAGUCUCCCCAGAGCUCCCGGAGUGGUCCCCUUACUCGCCAGGGCACUCCAGCCGGCACAGCAACCCCCCGCUCUACCCCGGCAAGGCAUCUGUGGGCACCGUUCCCCGGAGCAUGACCCCGAGCACCACUGUGAGUUCCAUCCUGAGGAACCCCAUCUACACCGUGCGUAGCCACAGGGUUGGCCCUUGCAGCUCUCCACCCGUCCCCAGAGAGGUCGGCCCCCAGGUUUUGCAUCCCAGUGUUCAGCACCAGGGACGCCUGAGCCUGGACCUGAGCCACAGAGCCUGCAGCGACUACUCGGAGAUGAGAGCCUCCCACGGGUCCAACUCACUGCCCUCCAGCGCCCGCCUGGGGUCUUCAAGCAACUUGCAGUUCAAGGCCGAGCGCAUUAAAAUCCCAUCAACGCCAAGAUACCCCCGGUCUGUUGUGGGCUCCGACAGAGGUUCAUUGUCGCAUUCUGAAUGCAGCACACCCCCGCAGUCACCCCUCAACAUCGACACCCUGUCCUCUUGUAGCCAGUCCCAGACCUCAGCCUCCACGUUGCCUAGAAUUGCAGUCAACCCCGUGGCCCUCGGGGAGCGGAGAAAGGACAGGCCCUACAUGGAGGAGCCGCGCCAUGUCAAGCUGCAGAAGGGCUCGGAGCCCCUGGGCAUCUCCAUCGUGAGUGGAGAGAAGGGCGGUGUCUACGUCUCCAAGGUGACUGGGGGCAGCAUCGCUCACCAGGCUGGCCUUGAGUAUGGGGACCAGUUACUUGAGUUCAAUGGCAUAAACCUGCGGAGUGCCACGGAGCAGCAGGCCCGCCUCAUCAUCGGGCAGCAGUGCGACACCAUCACCAUCCUGGCCCAGUACAACCCACACAUGCACCAGCUCAGCAGCCACUCCCGGUCCAGCUCCCACCUGGACCCUGCCAGCACCCACUCCACUCUCCAGGGCAGCAGUGCUACGGUCCCGGAGCAUCCCUCGGGCAUUGACCCGCUGAUGGAGCAGGACGAGGGCCCUGGCACCCCCCCGACCAAGCAGAGCGCCCCCAGUUCCAGGAUGGUGGGAGAUGCCAACAAGAAGCCCCCAGAACCACGAGUGGUCUUUGUCAGAAAGUCCCAGCUGGAGCUUGGAGUGCAUCUGUGUGGUGGGAACCUGCACGGGGUGUUUGUGGCCGAGGUGGAGGACGACAGUCCUGCCAAGGGCCCCGACGGCCUGGUGCCGGGCGACCUCAUCCUGGAGUACGGCAGUCUGGACGUGCGCAGCAAGACGGUGGAGGAGGUCUACGUGGAGAUGCUGAAGCCCAAGGAUGGCGUCCGCCUGAAGGUGCAGUACCGCCCAGAGGACUUCUCCAAGGUCAAGGGCCUGCCUGGCGACAGCUUUUACAUCAGGGCCCUGUACGACCGGCUGGCGGAGGUGGAGCAUGAGCUGAGCUUUAAGAAAGACGACAUCCUCUAUGUCGAAGACACCUUGCCCCAGGGCACGUUUGGGUCCUGGAUGGCCUGGCAGCUGGACGAGAACGCCCAGAAGAUCCAGCGCGGGCAGAUCCCCAGCAAAUACGUGAUGGACCAAGAAUUCUCCAGGAGGCUCAGCAUGUCGGAAGUCAAAGAUGACAGCAACGCCUCCAAGACGCUGUCCGCGGCUGCGCGCAGAUCCUUCUUUCGAAGAAGACACAAGCACAAGCGCAGCGGGUCCAAAGAUGGGAAAGACCUCCUGGCCUUGGAUGCCUUUUCCAACGACUCCAUUCCACUCUUUGAAGAUUCGGUGAGCCUUGCCUACCAGCGGGUCCAGAAAGUAGACUGUACUUCCCUGAGGCCCGUCCUGAUCCUGGGGCCAUUACUGGACGUGGUGAAGGAAAUGCUGGUGAACAAGGAGCCCAGCAAGUUCUGCAGAUGCCCCCUGGAGGUGAUGAAGGCCUCCCAGCAGGCCAUUGAGCGAGGCGUCAAAGACUGCCUGUUUGUCGACUACAAGCGCAGGAGCGGCCAUUUCGACGUGACCACGGUGGCUUCCAUAAAGGAGAUCACAGAAAAGAACUGGCACUGUCUGCUGGACGUCGCCCCCCACGCCAUCGAGCGGCUGCACCACAUGCACAUCUACCCCAUCGUCAUCUUCAUCCACUACAGGAGCGCCAAGCACAUCAAGGAGCAGAGAGACCCCGUGUACCUGAAGGACAAGGUGACACAGAGGCAUUCCAAAGAGCAGUUUGAGACGGCUCAGAAGAUUGAGCAGGAGUACAGUAGGUACUUCACAGGGGUCGUCCAGGGAGGAGCCCUGUCGAGCAUUUGCGAUCAGAUCGUGGCCUUGGUCAGCCAAGAGCAGAGCAAAGUCCUGUGGAUUCCAGCCUGCCCGCCGUAGGCCGCUGUGCUGGGAACAGAGGCAGCUUGUCAGCGGCGUCCGUCCUGGCUCAGCUUCUCUGACUGAAAGUCCAUCGGAGUAUGAGCACCGGAGGAGGGUCCACCAGCAGGGCCCCAGACAGUGGGCCGCAGACGCACAGACCGCCUUCCUCACACGUGUGCUUUAAGACAAAAACAGUAACCACCCGGGACUCCUGCUAGAGGUUCCACACCAGCCUUCCGAGGCCGCGAUCCGCGAUGCUGCAGAGAACCUUUCAUAUCCCAAGUUUACAAGCCUUUCUAAGUAUUUGGUUGUUUCUGUUUACUUGAACGGCCCAUGUUGUUGGUGCCCAGCCCCUGCCCCUGUCCAUCCCGUGUUGCUUUCGUGUUUUGGUUUUGUUCCUGUUUUCAGCGAAACUACUCUGGAACCUCAGUGGGCUGCUCUGCUCUGGAAGGUUCGUGGUGGGACCAGAGCUCUGAAAACCUCUACUCCUCGGUGGCGUCUCUCCCGGAAGGACAGCGCCAUGGCAGAUGCUUGGACGUCGGUGGUGGCAGAACCAGUGCCUUCGUGGGGCCGACUCGCCAGCGGCAGUGGUUGCCCUGCCCACAGCAGGGCAGGCGACACUGGCAUCUCACAGACUCGUCUCAGACUUUCCCUCCUGCCUGCACGCCCUCUCAUCUCUCCUCCACCUGCCUUGGUCGUUUCCGCCUCUCUCUGUCCUUCGGAGCCUCCCGGGCUCACGCCGGCGACUGGUUCUAGCAGGAGGCUCAGCUGAUGCAUGCUGUUGGUCCUCUGUAGGUUCUGUAAAUAGAGACAGCCUUUCUCAGUGCAAUGUUUGCAGGGUACUUCUCAAACUGUAGCGGGAGCAGACACGUCAGCUCUUUUGGACAUGGAAAAUGUUUCAAACUUUGAGAGUCUUCGGGGGAGCCUAGUGGUUAGUGUUGUCACUGUCGAAAUCUAAAAAGCGGGCAGGAUCCUUUAGUCUUGGCUGCAGCGCUCCCGGCAUGCCCAGUGCUCCUUGAAGAUGUCUUCGUUGGGACUUUUGUCUUUUCUUUUUUUUUUUGCACUUCUGACGCUGGGUAUCUCUGGCUGCAGAUUUGAUGUGGUUCCUCCCUAAACUGUGCAUCCUGUUGUUAAUAGGUACUGUACUGGGCUCCGUGUGUCACUGGGGUAGGACUAUAUUUUAAUACUGUUCCUAACAUUUCAUUUUACUAGCAAGAAAUCCUUGAUUUCAUUUUAGCCUUUGUAAUUCUAGACACUAGAUGAUAGUGUAGCCAUACUGACAUUUUUUAAAAAGGGAUAUAUUUUCUUGCACAGUUGUUCAAAGAGAGACACGUCUGGGUCCUCAAUGCUGCCCUUCGUUUUACAGGUACAAGUUUCUAGCUCAGACAGCCGAGACACGAGGCUGUCUCGAGUCUUACGCGCUCUCGGGGCGUUGCUCUGAGCUGCAGACAGUGGGACUGUGAUGGUACAGUGUGCACAGGUACUGUUCCAACAGACUGGGAUUUUCUGUAAUGAAACCUUACUUUGUAUCAAAAGAAAAACAGACUUUAGUACAAUAAAUAAAGGUCAAUUUCUGUAA